AUGCUCCCAGAGCUGAUACAUGUUGCUCUCCUAAAGAAUGUGAAGCAGAAUGAGACUCCGGGGAAGGAAAAAACAGAGCCAAAAUCUGCGUCCAACACAAUGGCGCACCUGGGAAAACAGGAGCCCACACAGCCAAGCCACAGCCCAAGGUGUUUACACUUACUAGUCCUCUACUUUCAAGUUCAGGAAUCUCGGCAGACAUCAGCAGAUUUCCGUGUCUAUGUCGAAAACCACACAAGGAACCCAGAUGACCUGAGCCGCAAACAGGUCCGGAUAUAUCAGCUUUACAGCCGGACCACUGGGAAACACGUCCAGAUCCUGGGGAAAAAGAUCAACGCCAAUGGGGACGAUGGGGGCAAGUAUGCUCUCCUUGUGGUGGAAACAGAAACAUUUGGAAGCCAUAUCCGAAUAAAAGGGAAAGAUACUGGGUACUACAUCUGCAUGAACAAAAGGGGGAAAAUUGUUGGAAAGCUCAAUGGAAGGAAUCAGGAGUGUGUCUUUGUGGAAGAAGUAUUAGAGAAUAACUACACUGCACUGGUGUCGGCUAAGUACAAAGGCUGGUACCUAGGAUUCACCCGGAAAGGACGACCUAAAAAAGGCUCAAGGACUCAGCAGAACCAGCAGGAAGUUCACUUUAUGAAAAGGCACCCAAAGGGCAAAGUGGACCCACUACAGGAGUUCCGUUUCACCACGGUCACCAAACGAACUCGCAGGGCACGACGCUUAAAAGUCAAGUUCAACUCAAAUUGAAACAUGAAAAAGAAUCCCGGGUAUGUGUGUCAAAGGAAUACUGAACCACCUUGCCUUAUAUGUGCCGAAGGGAAAAAAAAAAACAGAAAGCAAAACAAAAAAAAAAAACUGAAAAGAUGUUUUAUUUUUAUACAUACGGAAUCAGGAAUUAUUCUGAUGUGCUCAAUUUCUUGUGGGCUGUUUAUUAUUAUUUAUAUUGAACAGAACGAACAUUUGUCAUUACCUUGCUGUUGCUACUUCUAAAGGUAAUGCCAGAAGAACAGACAGCUUUUUUUUGGCGUUAUCAGAAGCUCCUCUAGAGUCACUGACUAAAUUCUUAUCUGUGGAGAGUACCAGCAAGUGGAUGGGUCUGUUUAUAUUCAGCUGGGUAGAUGUAAUGGAGCCCAGAAGGAAAAGAUGGAAGCCCAUGAUAUUGACCUUAGCUAGUUCUUUAGCUAUAAGUGCAAUACCUUGUAAAGGGCCCUUUUACAGAAGAGGUUACUAAUGAAAGUUAUUCUGGGUCCCCAAACUCCAAACUUCCCUGCCUCCCUUUACAUGUUUUUUUUUAUAUGAUUUGAAGUCAGAUGUUGUAGCUAACAUACAGACUAACCGAAGAUGCAUAAUGAUAAAGUGAUUCAAGUUCAUUAUAAAUUUAAAUCUGUCGGUAACGUUAAUGGAAGGGGCCUUAAGUAAGGGCUUCGAUAAAUGACUGCACAUUCAUCCACCUCAGUGUUUACUUAGCUGGGCAAUAAUAGCAGACACUGUUUAGAGUGGAAACAAAGAGGCUGGAAGAACAGGACUCUUCCCUGGGAAGGGCACCAGUCCAUCUGAAAUCAUAGUUUUCCUUCCAACUGUAUUGACCAGUUGUACAUAAUUUAUUACAUUGGAAAAUAGGCAAGGGGUAAUUUUAUACCUCAGAUAUAUUCAUUUUGUAUUAAUUUAUUAAACAGUACUUUUUUUUGCAGAAGAAUAUAUGCCAAACUAAAUACUUCCAUAUAUGCAGUGCAUAUUAUAGUUGGAUAUUAUAUCAGUCACACCAUCUAAUGACAAUCCUCUCUCUAGUUACCACGAUUAACAGCACCUGUAAAUUAGUUGCUAUAUAAGUGAUACAUUGUCUUACAGUGAGGUAUUCACAUACAUAUAGCAUGUUAUAGUACAUAUGUGUAUCAUCAUAGCGCAUUCCAUUGCGGUUUUUACAGCUGAAUCCAAAACUGAAAAGAUCACAGAAUAUGUAGAUCUGUUUAAGACUAAAUACAGGCAGAGGGUGAUUGGAGUUCAGGGGGCCCAAAAUAGGCUGGUGUACUAAGCGGGCCAUUAUAAAAAUGAUUUAGUCCUGAUGUUGGUAGGGCUGUAACGUUAAGUCAUCUGCCGAGGGACACUGUGUAUUGUAUAUGAGAUGCUACCAACAACUUGACACAUUUAUGAUUCAAAGUGUAUGCAAACAG